AUGGCUUCUCAGGGUCUUCAGAUCAUGGGUGUGCUGCUGGCCUUCAUCGGCUGGCUGGGCACCAUCAUCACCUGCGCUCUGCCCAUGUGGAGAGUCACCGCUUUUGUCGGGGCGAACAUUGUCACUGCACAGGUGAUCUGGGAGGGCCUGUGGAUGAACUGCGUAGUCCAGAGCACAGGCCAGAUGCAGUGUAAGGUGUACGACUCCAUGCUGGCUUUACCCCAAGACCUGCAGGCCGCCAGGGCCAUGGUGGUCAUCUCUGUUAUCGUCGGGGUGUUCGGCGUCCUCAUGGCUGUGGUUGGUGGAAAGUGCACUAACUGCAUGGAGGACGACGUGGCCAAAGCCAAAGCCUGCAUCGUGUCCGGCGUGAUCUUCAUAAUAGCUGCUAUGCUCAUCAUGAUCCCAGUGUCGUGGUCAGCUCAUGCAGUGAUCAGGGACUUUUAUAACCCCCUGUUGACCGCGGCUCAGAGAAGGGAGCUUGGGGCUGCACUUUAUAUCGGCUGGGGCUCUGCUGGAGUGCUGCUGCUGGGAGGAGGUCUGCUCUGCAACAACUGCCCCCCGAAAGAUGGAAGACCCUACAUACCUGCCAAGUUUGCUCCGGCAAGAACCGCAUCUUCAAAUGUGGAUUAUGUGUGA